UCUCCUCCAACACAUGCAGUCAACAGAGGAAUCAUGGUGGAAGGAAUAGGGGGACUACUUUCUGGAUCGAUGGGUUUGGGUCUUGCCACAACGUCAUUCAGUGAAAACAUUGCCACCAUAACCCUGACAAGAACAGCUCAUAGGUACAUAAUGUAUGCUACCGGUGUCCUGUUGGUUCUACUCUCGGUUGUGGGGAAGGCUGGAGCAGCAAUCGCCACAAUACCGGACCCGGCUCUAGCGGGGGUUAUGAUAGUUACAUUUGGCAUGUUGGUUUCUCUUGGUCUGUCAACACUGCAAUACGUCAAUCUCAACUCCUCCAGGAACCUCUUGAUUAUUGGUCUUGCCAUCUCUUUUGGCAUCGCUGUACCACGCUGGUUAGAAAGAUACCCUGCUGACUUCAAAACAGGCCUCGGAGAAGUAGAUAGUGUUCUUCGAGUCAUACUUGGAAACAGUAUGCUUCUUGGUGGCGGCAUUGCUAUGUUUUUGGAUAAUACAACCAAAGGUUCACGGAAAGACCGAGGCAUUGACGCUUGGCAGAAUAUGAUAUCUAACGAACCUGAUUCUUUGGCCAGUACAAACAGGAGCGUCGAGAAACGUUUACCUUCAAACUCAAUAUACGGAUGGUUUUGGUUAGGACGACUGUAUCAAUAUCUACCUGGGUGUUCAAAGCUACCCUUUAUGCCAGCAUCAGCUGCGGUCGCUGCUUGUGACGACCAUCAGUCUCAGAUUGAUGUGGCAGAUCAUAACCAUGACACUGUAUGACAAUAAUGUGAAAUUACGUUAAACUUUACAUUGGUUCUCGCGUCAGCUAUUACUUGUAUGAGGUAGCUUUUAAGGAUAUGUGUUUUCAUUACGUUAACAAAUUGGGGCUGUACGGAGUUAAUUUACAUUGGACGUUUUCUCUUCUUCCGGUGGUUGUAUACAUAACUUUUAUAUGUACUUGGAUUAGUAUAUGUGUUGCACCGAAAUCAUUGUGUUCAAUACGUCAUGAAAUAAGUUUGUGAACAUACUUUGCAGUGUAGAAAAUUGCUUUAACAGUAUCGUGAAGUUUGAACAUACAACUUGUACUUGACUCAACAUAUAACGGUUUUCUUCGGAGCACUUGCAUAUUAAUAAAUCGCUCCUCAAUUUCUUACAACCUGGUUAAUUAUGCAUCAAGUGUUCUAUACCUCUUAUCACUUUUUCAGAAAUAUAAUGUUAUU